AUUGGCGACCUAUUGCAAGCAAAUAAUGUACUAUCCUCUUUUAGGUGACGUCAUCGAACAUAUUUUGGAAACGAUCCGAGCGUUUGGAGGGAGAUGCCGAGUGACAAGAAGGAGCGUGACUCGGACAACGUCCGCGUGGUGGUGCGAUGUCGCCCCAUGAACGAGAAGGAGGUGCGCGAGCAGUACAAACAGGUGGUCAAAAUUGACGAGGUGACCGGUCAGGUGACGGUCACCAAGCCCAACUCCCCAAACGAGCCUCCCAAACAGUUCACCUUUGACACAGUCUUUGGCCCUGACUCCAAACAGGUGGAUGUGUACAAUCUAGUGGCCAGGCCCAUUGUGGAGUCUGUACUGGAGGGAUACAAUGGAACGAUAUUUGCAUACGGACAGACAGGCACAGGGAAGACCUUCACCAUGCAGGGAGUGAGAGACAAGCCUGAACUCAGAGGCAUCAUACCAAACUCUUUCGCACACAUAUUCGGGCACAUCGCUAGAGCAGCAGACAAGUCAAAUUUCUUAGUCCAUGUAUCGUAUCUUGAGAUCUACAAUGAAGAAAUCAAGGACUUACUACACAAGGACCAAAACAAAAGAUUAGAGGUAAAAGAGAGGCCAGAUGUGGGUGUUUAUGUGAAAGAUCUCUCUACUGUGGUGGCCAAGAAUGCUGAUGACAUGGACAGGGUCAUGACAGUCGGGGACAAAAACAGGUCAGUAGGAGCCACCAACAUGAAUGAGCACAGCUCUCGUUCCCAUGCCAUCUUCACCAUUGUGGUGGAGCAGAGUGAGAAGGGACUGGAUGGGAAGGACCAUGUCAGAGUCGGAAAACUGCAUCUUGUGGAUUUAGCUGGUUCAGAACGACAGAGUAAGACCGGAGCCACAGGCCAGCGGCUGAAGGAAGCCACAAAGAUCAACCUGUCCCUGUCCACCCUGGGGAACGUUAUAUCAGCUCUGGUGGACGGGAAGAGCACACACAUUCCAUACAGGAACUCAAAACUUACCAGACUGCUGCAGGAUUCCUUAGGAGGGAAUUCCAAGACUGUAAUGGUUGCCAAUGCUGGCCCAGCAGAUUAUAACUUUGAUGAAACCAUCAGUACUUUGAGAUAUGCCAACAGGGCAAAGAACAUCAAGAACAAGGCCAAGAUCAAUGAAGACCCCAAGGAUGCCCUUCUAAGACAGUAUCAGGAGGAAAUAGAGAAACUGAAGCAACAGCUGGAGGAUGGUGCUAGCGGUAUCGGCAAAGAGGGUGAAGGUGGUGAGGGUGACUCAGAGGAGGAGGAGACUGAUGAUGAUGAUGACGGGGAUGACGUAGAUGGAGCUGUGGAUGGGACAGAACGAAAGAAAAGAAGAAAGAAAGUAGACUCGUCUGAAUCUGACAGCUCCCCUGAGUCAGUGUGUGUACAGAGAAAGAAGAGCAAGCUGUCUGCGGAGAAGAUGGCGGAGAUGCAGGCGGAGAUCGAGCGAGAGCGCCAACAACUGGAGGAGAAGAAGGACAUGGAGGAGGAGGAGAAGAACAGGGUCCAGGCAGAGCUGGAGGCUCGCGAGAAGGAGCUCAGCAAGUCAAA